UCAAAGAAGGUCACGCUGAAAGCAUAAUGUGUUCUCAACAUUAAAUAUGAUUACAAUCAUGUCAUUUAUGUUUAUGCCAGCCUUGUAAGAUAAAAGAUUCAUUAAUCAAGAGGUCAAUUUCGAAAUAUUGCAAAAGUAAUUAAUGCUUGGAUAUCAAUUAAAAAAAAAGAUUAAUGUUUUCCUGUCACUAUACACAGAUCAAUCGAUCUACAACCCUCCAGGAGGUUAAAGACUUGGAUGCCGCUGGAAGCAUAUCCAGGAAUCUGAAUAUGUCGGUUAUAAAAGACUCGGUAACUGUCCCAGAUGGUGGAUAUACAAUUCUCCGCAUACACGCCACAAAUCCAGGUUUUUGGUUCUUUCAUUGCCAUAUUGAUUUCCAUGCAGAGAUAGGAAUGGGUAUUUUUCUACAAGUCGGAGAAGUAAAUCAGAUGCCAAAACCACCGAACCGUUUUCCAAGAUGUGGAAAUUGGAAGUAUAUGGCUGAUGAAGAGGAAGAACCAUCAUGCCCUGUAAACAGCGCCAUGAGUACACAAUUCGGACCGAUGGUUGUGAUGUGUGUCUUCUAUGUAACCCUCUUAUUAAAUUAGAAUUUAUGUAUAACUCCUUUUAAACAUGAUUUCUGGCUUCAUAUUUGUUCAAUGUACUUCCUAACAUUUGUCACUGUCAGUUCUUUGAAAUUAUAUCAGGAUACCACAGGGUUUGACACAUCUAUAUCAUAUUUGGAAUUAAGCUAGAAAAGACAUUAAUGGUACACUAACAACAACAAAAAUAUGAUAAACUUGAUGACUUAAACUUUUCUAUCGUCAGUUACCAUACUUACUGUACCCUUAUCUUCAGAGGCACCUGAAGUUACUUAUUUGUCUUGUAUAAAAUUUAUCCAAUAUCUAAUAAUACACAAGAUAUAAACAUCGGCGCCAUCUUGAUUUUUUUCUAGGUCUAUCACAUCAACUUGUAUUUUCGUUUGAAACUCCGUAAAAUAAAUUCCCUGUGAUCACAUUCUUUCUGUGGUCAGUCUUUCGAGGCCCUUACUUGCACACAGUGCAAUCAAAAGGUAGCAUCACAGGUGAAAAUAGAAAAAGAUCUUCAUCAAACUUGAUCUAUUGCUUCAAGAAUCUUUGAAAUUUCAAAAGGGGCAAGUAAGACUAUUAAUUUUGUUUUAUCUCAAUAAUUAUUCUUUUUAAUUACUAGUAUUUAUUAUUCUUUUGAUUUGCCUUAUUUUAUUAGAGAGAAAUGUUUGGGAAAGAAUUUUUUAUAUUGUGUAUUUCAACUUUUAAAUUUAUAUCAAAUAAGUAUAUAUAUCAUAAUUGCCUUGUACAGAUUUCAUACCUACAUAAAAA